AUGCCACACAUCCGAGGACUCUUGUCCACGGCACAAGCCCUGCGCCAGGUCUUCAUCGCGCCCCUCCGCACGACUCGCCCAGGGCUCUUCCACCUCACUCCCAUCAUCCAGAAUGCACCCCAACUCCGAUUCCUACAAUUCCGGCGUCCUGCCCCGUCGGGCUCAGCAUCCUCGACCAGUGGUCCCAUCAAGGACGAGGCCAUCAACACCCCAACCGUGCAGAUCGUCAACGAAGCAGGCGGCUUAGACCCGCCCAUCCAACUCAACACGGCCCUCCGCUCUUUCGACCGCUCGAAAUACUUUCUCCUCCAAGUCUCUCCCGGCGGCGACAACAACCGACCACCAGUCUGCAAGCUCUUGAACAAGAUCGAGGUCCAGGAAAACGAAAAGGCCAAGGCCAAAGCGGUAAAGGCAGCCAAGGUGAACCUGAAGCAGGUCGAGCUGAACUGGGCCAUUGAUGCGCACGAUCUGUCACAUCGUCUGAAGCAGCUCACAACCUUCCUGGAUAAAGGUCGAAAGGUGGAGAUUGUCCUGACGAGGAAACGGAAGAAGCGGGCCCCGACGGUGGAGGAGGUCAAGCAGGUCAUGCAGAGCGUGCUGGAUACGGUCAGGGAUGCGGGGGCUACGCAGACCAAGGCAAUGGAGGGCAAGCCGGGCGAGCAUGUUAUCCUGGUGGUGAAGAAGGAGACUUGA